AUGGACUGGGAUCGUUUCAAACGAGCACUUGAACCACUACAAGAUCAUGAUCAGCAUGAUGGUUUGCCGAGGUACAGCCAUGCGGAUCUUAUGCAUUUGAUGGACGAACAAUAUUUUAUUCUCGAUUUUUUGACAGAACUUGCAGAGAAAUUGGGAGAGUUCAAAUCAACAAAAGAAUCAACAUCUGCUUAUCCACAAUUAGGACCAAUUUUAACUGCGGCAUCGAUUCAUCCUUUUCUAUGUCUUGAUAGCAAGAUUGCAAAGGCAACUAUACAAUGUCUUCAAAGAUACAGCCAAUUUGAUACAUCAAGUUUACAGAGCAGUUCAGCCACAUGGUGUAUUGAUCGUAUAAGACGACUGGUACGCUCACCACUGACAGUCCCUUCUCAUGUGGAGUCUAGCCAUAUGAUGAAUGUAGGCGACACACUUUCACCAAAAGAAGACGAUGCUACCCAAAACCAGAUCAAACAAAUAAUAUCAAAUAUAAACAAGCGUUUCCUAGAUGGUUCACUAACUCCACAAAUUGUGAGUGGGCUUAUGGACCUAUCUUUAGCGCUAUUGGAACAAAACGCUACAUCGGUAUUGAUCGAAGUACUGAUUAACUGCGGCACUAUUUUGAUGGAUACGGAGCAGAAAAAAUUGUAUUGGGGAAACAUCGAACAAUCUAAACCUAAUACACACAUUCCCGAUACAUAUUACGAUGACUAUGCUUUGCACUUUGAUACAACUCCCUGUAUAUUCUCAGGUCGGUUUGUGUCUCGGUUAUUAGGGAACCCCAAAGAUAGACUGUGGAAAUUGUAUCGAAGCUGGACACCAGAACUAAUAGCAAGAGUUUGGAAACAUCAAAGACAUAUUAUGGAGUAUGAGCUUCUGGAUUUCUUUCAAGAGCUAGCCACGAUCAAAUCAUAUACUUCCAAAUAUCAAUUACACAAACAAUUGGAGAGAACAACUAUGGUCCAGUUAUUACAAAAUAAUCCCCACCUAGUCUCAAUAGCCCAUAAUAAAGUAGCAAAAUGGGUUAUACGCUUCUCUGAUUGGAGAUUAGUGCGGAUGUGGCAACACGUUAUCAGUCUACUCCCCACACUUGUUGAAACAAAAUUCAGCGAUCAAAAACAUUCAAGUACAUUCACGCCAACUUAUAAAGAUGUUGAUACUAUUUUAUCGCAGGAUGCAUUCACAUACUUCCCAUAUGAUCUAAAAGUUGCGGCGGAAACAUUACAGAAUAGCUCCUCUGAACAACUCUUUAUCCAACAUAUUUCUUCACAAUGUGGUACUAUAUUGGAUAAAUUAACAAUAUAUACCUACACAGGAACGUUCGAAGAUAUAGAAGUACGUAGAAAUGAGGCAUGGGUUCUUGCACUCAUGUUCCCAGAUUUCUUACAAAAAUGUACAAUGUGUUUGAUAUCAUGGUGCUUAAACCAAGAUGUUUGGGACUCAAAGAUGGAUAUGAUUUCAAGUUACUUGGGCUGGCUGAUGUGUCCUUCGGAUGACGACCGAGUCGAUGAUACUGUAGAAUGUUUGAAACAUUGGAUAAUCUCAUUAAAAGGCUUCCAUACAAGGCAGCCAGAUGAUGCUCUAAAAGUCAUCUUGAUUCAUUGGGAAGAAAUAUUCAGCGGGAACAUUUUAGUAGGCAUGAGUAUUGCUUCUUCUAUCUUAAUAUCAACCAAAGAAGUAUGGGACAGUAUACAUUGUACAUUAAUGGUUAAUAAUAUUCUUGGAUCAAGCAGCGAUGAAAUAAAUUUUGAAGCUACGAAAACAAAAAAUAUUUUUAACUUGAAUCUAAAUAAUUCUUCAGUAAUGGGUGAUAGCUUUGAUGGUUACUGA